AUCCCCGCUUGCUCGGUGGAUGCCAUUUUUUUUGCUGGAAGUUCAAAAGCGUGGACAGCUACUGCCAUACUAGUGGCAAUCUCUCUCCGGUCAAGGAGGUCAGGCGGAGCUUAGAGAACUAACGAUUACUUUCGGCACAGACGAUGACAGCCGGAAUGGCCGUAGUGCGAGCAUCUUGCGCCACACUUCUGCUGUGCACGCUCGCGUCACUGGAAGUCCGCGUGAGUGCAGGUGCCAGUGCCAGUACCAGUGCCACCGCCCAGAACUUGCAGAAGACAACUAACAACAAGGCUGGUACGCAUCAUGUGGUGUCCAAGCGCGAAAGUGCAUCCGUUCCCAACGGCGACGAUCCCUAUGGAGACUCGACGUAUUUCGAUCUGGAAAUCAACCAGGCCUUCCCGGGCAUGCUGAAAGCCGCCCAGCGUACCACUGGCGUCCAAGAAGAUCCCUACAGAGACUCCGCGUACUUGGACCGUGCAAUCAAUCGAGCGUUCCCGGUUGCCAGAUCGACCAGUGAGCGCCAUCCGGUACACGUCAAGGCCGCAAAGAACAGCAACACAGCUUCCCGUCGCCAUGGUCACCAGUCAGUGGAUGUAGCUGUUGCAGCGGACCACGGGCCCAACCAUGAACAACAUCAAGGCUCGUACAUGGAAACGGCCGUUACACUUGGUGACUUGACAGCCAGGAAAGACGGCAAAAAGACGUCCGUACGACGUCAUCACAACGAGAAGGCCAGUGCACGUCCGGCACACCUCCGUCCAACCCAGCACGCACGGGAGCCGAACCAAGCCAGGAAGACUCUGGCCGGACAUGCACUGACGCAGGACAGCCACCUCAAGGCGGGACAUCGAUCACGUACCAGCAGCAACACCAUCAAGAAGCAACAGAGGAAGUCCGCAGCGCUUCGCCUCAACGCCAAUCACAAGCGUGGGAAACCUGCCAGCAAGAAGAAGGUGGAAAAGAGUGAAUCCUAUAGCCGGGUAGGUGGCAAACAGGAGCACAUAGGAUCGGUUGACGUCAUGGAUACCAUCAGCAGCGCAUUCAAUCUGUACGGGAGCGGCGGAAGCGGGUUUUCCCCUGGUGACGCAACUGAACGUCAUGCCGACAAAAGUGUGACGAAGGCUGUUGGAGACAACGGUGAACAUAGCCCUGGACACAAGGUCAGCAAAUCGGCUACCGAGUUGCCUACCUACAGUAGUCGCCAUGGGGACGAUGAUCCCGAGACGGUUGAAGCUGGAGAGGGUGCGAGUGGCAGUGGGGACGGCUCAAGCAGCGGAGAUUCGUACAGCGCAAGCGAAAGCGCCACCGUCGACUUCCAGAUGGGCAGUGGUAGCGGCGGCUUUGGGCUUCCGCCCCUGGGUGGAUCGGGCGAGGGAUCCGGCCUGCAGCCGGAGGAAUCCGGCUCCGGUCACCAGCAUAGCGGAGACGGCUCAUCUUCGGGUGACGGGCACAGCGGAGGUGGAGAGGACAAGCAGCCCGAUCAGGGUGGUUCAGGAGAGCAUCACGAGGGCGGUGGAUCCCAGCCAGAGGAAGGCGGACACGGCCGUGAUGAGCAGCCAGCAGCCGACGGCUUGAGCGAAGAAGAAACGAAAGUGUUGCUCGAGUCGCACAACCGAGUGCGUGCCAACGUUAGCCCAGCGCCGUGCGACCCGCUUCCAGAGCUGCACUAUGACAGCGAUCGGCUGGGUAAGAUGGCGCAGAGCUAUGCGGAGCAAUGCCAGUUCCAUCACAAUCCCGAGUUGAAGCUCUACAACAACCCCGAGUUGAAGAGUUACAACGACCCCACCAGUAGCCCUGGAAGCACAUCGCACACGGUCGGAGAAAACAUGUACAUGACAACACUGAUCGGUGAUCACCCGGACGAGGCGGUGGUCUCGUGGGCGGACGAGGCAGCUUUCUACGACGCGUCAACCGGCGCGUGCAUCGCUGAACUGCAAUGCCGCCACUACACUCAGAUCGUCUGGUCUGCCACACGCUUUGUGGGAUGUGGCACGGCGGUCUGCGCUGCGAGCACCACCGAAGACUACCCGUUCGACGCGGACCGAUUCCCAGAGGCGCGUCUCGUCGUCUGCAACUAUUCACCAUCAGGCAACGUCCGAGGUAAGAUCCCAUACGAGGUAUGCGACGAACAAAACAGCACAGAUUAUGAUGCGCAACCAGCUCAUAAACCCGCGCCCAACGCUGCAGUGGCUCUUGUUGCCAAUGAGGAUGAUGUGGCCCACCAGCCUAGCAAUGUCGAGGCCGCAGUGGAGCACCGUAGCAACAAUGACGUCAUCAGCCAUCUUGAACAAGAACUGUUCGACAUUGAACACAGCCUGGAAAAACUUCUGACCACGGACAGAUCGCGGAGUGACAUACCAGCAAGUCACGCUGGGCGUCAUCCAUCAAAGCAUCAUGCAGACCAUCAUCAACAACAGCAUCGUGCAGGGCCUCAUCCAGCACCGCGCCAAGCUGGGCAACACACGCCACAGCAUCGCGCAGGGCAUCAUCCAUCACAACAUCUUGCAGGGCAUCAUGCACCACAGCAUCGCGCAGCGCAUCAUGCACAACCACAGCAUGCUGCAAAGACGCAAGCUAGGAGUGCGGACACCAGCACAGGACACCACAAGAAACCUUCUUCUCCACACGACGGCCAGCAGAUGAUCAUGAGGAAGCGCCGUGCCUUGCUCCGCAAGAAGCCCGCUCAAUAGCUCCAUGGAGAAUCUGUCCAGCGCAUUCCAAUCCUGAUGCUGGUAUUCAGACACUGUCCGCGCUGCCUGUCGAGCAUUGUUGAUCAUCCUGGUCUGUAGGCAUGGAGAUUAGCGCAUUGCUGUUAUACCACUCAUUCACCCUCAUUGUCAUCACCCCGCAUGGUAUUCCCCCGUAUGGUAUUCAGAUAUGCUAACAGCAGUCUGUUCAACCUUGCCACCAUUCCAAAGCAGGACACCCGCAGUAUAAUGUACACAAAGGCAAUACGGUCUCCCACGUAAAUGUAUACAACUGUUUCGGUCCAAAGCAGGACGGUUGGACAGUCUGUAACAGCUACAUGUAUAAUCAUCGUGUAUGCUCACCAUCCUUAGUAACUGUUCUAUCAAGCCCCUGCAUGA